CAUCACAACAUAUAUACUUCGCCGUGAUUGCUGAUCAUCAAUUAGCAGAUCGAACUAGUUGUAAUCCCAAAGCAAAGCUUUGAUGGAUCUAUCGUUGAGCCCAUCGGUCUUGGCGUCUACAUCGUCUACGUCCGAGCUGCCGGACGGGGUAGUCCUAGUCCCCGCUCCCGAUCCGCUCGUCCACGUCGCCUUCAACCACCAUGGCACGCACUUCGUCGCGGCCACGGCCACCGGCUUCCACGUAUUCUCCUGCCACCCUCUCGACAGCGUCAUGCACCGGCGCAGCAGCGAGCUCAAUGUGACCUCCGCCCAGCUGCUCACGCGGUCGCAGCUGGCCCUCGCGACGCGGAGGCCCAACGCCGUCAGCGGCGCGGCCGACGACCACGUCAUUGACUUCUGGAACGGCAUGUGCAAGCCCAAGGACGCCAGGACCAACACCGUCAGGAGCCCGUGCGGCGCCGUGGGCGGGUUCCGCCUGCGCGGGGACCACAUGCUCGUCGCCGGCGAGGGGACGGCCACGCUGUUCGACGGCGUCCACUGGGAGAAAGAGGUGACGACGGGGCCGAACCCGCUGGGGCUGUGCGCCAUGGAGGAGCCGAAUGGGCCCGCGACGCUCGUCUACGCCCUGCCGCUGCCGGAGGCGGGAUCGGUACAGGUCCGCCGGCGCGGCAGGGCCGGCAGCGUCAGCGUGCGCGCGCACGGCUCGGGCGUGGCGUGCAUCGCGCUGUCCCCCGACGGACGGCUGCUCGCCACCGCCGGCACACGCGGCACGCUCCUGCGCAUCUUCAGCACCGCCGACGGCACCAAGCUGCAAGAGCUGAGGAGAGGCACCGAAGGAGCAGACAUCCACUGCAUCGCCUUCUCCCACGACUCCAAAUGGUUAGCGGUGUCCAGCGACAAGGCAACGGUGCACGUUUUCAGCAUCAAUGACUUCAACCUCACAAGCUCCACGCCGGAGGACGACUACGCCGGCGAUGACCUUCUGGCGGCACCAUCAGCACCAUCUUCUCCUGCAUCAGCAAAAGCCAACAAGGGCUCAUCACGCAUGUCAUUCUUGAAAGGCUACCUGCCGACGUAUUUCAGCUCGAAGUGGUCGUUUGCCCAGUUCCGGAUCCCUACCGCCUGGACCAAGUGCUCCGUGGCAUUCGACCGGAGACACCCCAACACCAUUACCAUUGUCUGCAUGGACAAAAGGUUCUACCGCUGCGAGUUCGACCCGGUGAAAGGAGGCGACAUGGUGCCGGGGGUGUACCACGAGAACUUCAUGGACCUGUGAAGGGAUUAGGGACGCAAGGCAGCAAUGCAGCAAGACACUUCUUUAGGUCCAGUUGGAAGUCAAUAUACUUUCAGGUUGAUGAUGUCUAGAUUUUUCUACGUAGACGUACCUCUAUGGUGUUGUAUGAAUCAUGACUUCUUUGGCAUUUUGAUCAUCUUCGUUUUUAAUGAAUAUAAUGCAUGCAA